UCUCCAAAAAAACUCAGUUUCAAAAUACAUAUAAAACUGAAAAGGGUGUUUUGUUAUCUUCACUAAUUAUUGUGGGAAGUAAAGAUCACAAUGAUCGAUUGUGUAAUGGAUCGACACCAAAAAUUAGCAGUAGAGGCAUAAAGGUGAUUAGGCUGCAGUACAGCCUACCUAGAGUGUCGCAACAGCGAUGUAUGGACGUGUGUACGCCAGCAUCCUGCAACGAGCGGCAAACUCACUGACGCUUUAUUCUGGCGCUCAAUUCCAGCAUGCACACGCCAUAGCAAUUUGCUGUUCUCAGUCGCACUUACCCCACUGCCACUUCUCAUCCUGGUUUCCAUCCAAUGGUGAUGAAUCUGGGAAUUGGUCUAAAAGCCAGCGACACCUCUCAACUCGUCAGGAUCUGGACUUUCAGCAGAGCAGAGUACAGAUCAACAGUAUUCUUAGAUCCAAUGAACAAUCUGUGAGUGUCCCAGAGUUUGAUGGCAGGGGACUUAGUGUUGUGAGGAAGUUUGAGAGCAACCAGCUAGCUGCUAACACUCCUAAUGAGGACCGUCGCAGUGCAGCUACUUGCUUACAGUCAAAGGGCAUGCUCUUUGGAGUGUUUGAUGGCCACGGGGGUUGGGCGUGUGCUCAGGCUGUUAGUGAGCGGCUGCUGUACUAUAUAGCAGUUGCAAUGAUGCAAAGGCACAGCCUGGAAGAACUCGAAAAAUGCAUGGAGCACAGCAGACCUAUUCCUCCCAUCCUGCAGUGGUAUAAACAUCAUACAGAUUUUAAUUAUCGUGAAUCUGCUUCUCUGUACAUCGACAAUCUCAGAGUCUUCUGGCAAGAAAUACUGGACAGUGACGAACACGAGUCAGGCAUGAGUCCUCAGGAUGCUCUGGAUUAUGCUUUCAAACGGCUUGAUGCUGACAUCUCUCUGGAGGCUCAAGUCCCUCUAUCCAAUGACCUAAUGAAAAGUACAGCCAUUCAGGUUGCAUUUGCCGGGUGCACUGCUUGUGUGGCCCAUGUUGGCAUGGAUGGCAUCCACGUGGCGAACGCCGGUGACUGUCGAGCAGUACUAGGGGUGCAAAAUGAAGAUAGCUCAUGGAGCGCUUUACCUCUUUCUCGAGACCAUAACUCACAGAACCAGGCUGAGGUGGAACGUAUCAAAGCCCAACAUCCACCUUCAGAGAGCAACACAGUGGUUACAGAUGACAGGCUGCUAGGGGUCCUAAUGCCACUCCGUGCGUUUGGUGAUGUGAGAUUUAAAUGGAGCCGUGAGCUGCAGCAAAGUAUUUUAGCCAGCCUGGAAUCUGGAGUAGACCUUGACUCUCUUAAUCUGUAUCAGUACACUCCACCUAACUAUCUAACACCGCCAUACCUGGACGUGUCACCUGAGAUCACUUAUCAUAAGCUGAGACCUCAGGACCGCUUCCUGAUCCUCGGUACUGACGGCUUAUGGGAUGAACUAGGGAGUGAGGAGGCAGUACGGCUCAUUGGAGAGCACCUGAGUGGAAUUCACCUACAGGCUCCAGUUUCUCAGUCUGAGAGAAAGCUGAAGUUGGGUCAGAUGCAUGAACUCUUGCUGAAACGCCAGGUCCGUGCCUCCCCGGCUCUAGACACAAACGCUGCCACACACCUCAUCAGACAUGCUCUCGGCACGGGGGACUAUGGAGAACUAUCCCAAGAGAAGCUGGCGUCAAUGCUCGCUUUGCCGGAAGAUCUAGCGCGAAUGUACAGAGAUGAUAUCACAGUUACUGUGGUGUAUCUGAAUUAUGAUCUGGCUAGAUCUCACCACAACUAAUGGACAGAGAGAAACAAUUACGCGAAUUGGGCUAUUCAGAUUAGGACUGUACCGGUAAGUAUUAACGUGACCCUUGAUCUUUAAAAAAAUGAACUAUUGAGAUCAUAUUAACUAUACAGAUAUGAUAAUAUAAUAAAUAGUCAUGUAGUUUAUUGUUUUAUACAUGUUUUAUAGGGUUUUGGUUACAAACAAUGCCUAUCUUCACUCUUAUAACUAGUGCAAUUAAUUUGUCUAAAGAAACAAAAGUAAUAAAGUCAACGAUUCUUGGAGAAUUGUUCUGAUAACAUUUUUUUAUUAUUAUUAUUCUGUAUCUAUGUUAAUAAUACAGUUUUAUUGUGAAUUCUUUUGGCCAUGACAGUCAGUUAACGUUUUCUAAAGGUUGUCACAGUUACAGCUUGCUAUAUAGACUGAUUGAUCUUAAAAGAAAAUGACAGUUUUCAGUGUUUACUUACAGUUAGCCUGAGCAGACAAAUGCAAAAAUAAUCAUCAGUCUGGAACCGUUCAGUUUAGUUCACAACACAUUGUGAACAGAUGCAGGUCAAAAUACCUCCGGAUCAAACUGUAGAACUACAACGAAACGCGGCACAGUCCUGAGUGACUAAAAAUAUAAACACACUGCAGCUCGUACUUUUCCGCAUAUCUGACAGUCAGUUGGCCCACACAUGCUAAGCUGGCUCAAUGUCUUUAGAAUAGAGGGUGGCCAUAUGCUUUCUACCAGAAACAUCGGCACUCAAAUUUGUCUGGUUCUCAGGAAAAGUUCAGUUGCCAAUUCAUAGUUGCAGCAUUAAAUGGGUCACAAAUACAGUUUUUGUUUAGAAAAAGUCCUUCAGUGUAUUUUUGAUGUGAAAUAAGGGGAGCAAACGGAAUGGUACCUCUCACUUCUAUUGAUUUUCUUAUUAUGUUUUUGUUUUUCCAUUUAAUCUUUUUUUUUCCAUGUUCCUGUUUGUGUAAGCUGUGAAGUAUCUUUUAAUGAAGUUUAAAUGUUUAUUGUAAUUGUGUUUUGAUGUUUUUAUGUUUCCAUUCCAUUUACUGUAAAAUUAAACUAAUAUUACAUUAAA